UAUUUGUGAAAAUUUGGAAACAACGUCCAAACAGACAUGCUAAUGAACAAAUGCUUCAAACCUAAAGUGUUUAUUUAAAGAAUCAGAGAUUGUGUGAUGAUAAAAUUUUAUCUUUAGUUGAUAAGUUGUUAAAUGUUUUCCUCUCAGCCUAUCUUUUCUCGAUCGGAUUAUCGGCCACGUAUUUUCUCCUUAAAAAGAAUGAAUUGAGUGGGCCAAGAAACGCCAGUCUAUAGUUUUGAAUGUGCAGAGAAUUUUUGCAGUGACAGAAUUGAAAGCUGGGUGGAGAACUUCUGAGGAAUCUUUUGUUAAAAGUUGGCAAUUUCUCCACAAGGAAAAGUGGCAUCGAAAACUCUCGAAGGAAAAUCCCAAAGAGAUCGAAAUAAUGACAACUCAGUGUAAAAGGAUUUGUUGACUCGUGUUUUCAACUCUUCGAUCUUUCAUCGUUAUCUUUACGACACAUUUGAAAUAUCGAAUUAACAAUCAACAAUAUAAAAGAUCGCUGAUCCUUAAACUGCCUGCUUUGUCUACGGCAUUUCCUUCUCAGAUCGUCGUACAAUCAAGAGUUUUCAUUUGAAAAUGAGUUCAUUAAAAUUUUCUAAGGACCAGUCUCCCAGUACCAUUACCAUAGUAAGAGAUGCUGAUGGUAUUUCAACUGUUGAAUCUGGUCCUGUUGGUGUAACUCACUCAUUGACCUUCAUGAGAAGAAUCAAGUUGCAUCGUUAUUCUCGUCUUGAAAUGUUCCUUGUGUGUGUGGCCCUUCUUUUACUUGUUAGUUUGGUCGUCGUCAUACUUGUCUUGGAUGAAAAUAAUCACAGCAAGGAAACAAAUAGCAAACCGAGGGAAAAUUAUAAGAAAACUGUGAACAACAUUGCACGUGUUCUCGCCUACAUGGACGAUAGUGUCGACCCUUGUAAGGAUUUUUAUCAAUUUUCCUGCGGUGGAUGGGAAAAAAUAAUUAUAUUAAAGAUUCGAAAGCAUACGUGUUUCCUUUUCUUCAAGUACUCCAGAAAAACAAACGCCAGUUGAAAAAUAUUUUGGAAAACGAAGAAACAAAAGCUCAGUACUCUAAAAGUCCUUUUAUGGUGAAACUAUUUCAAUUUUAUUCAUCAUGUAAAGACUCGAAAACGAUUGAUAAAUUUGGUGAAUCCCAUGUGAAAGAUCUUCUAGUGGAGCUGGCAGAUUUCGACCUAACAAAAAAAAGAAAUUCCAGCUAUGAUUGGCCAGAUGUUGUCGUAAAAAUUAAACGUCAACUUAACAUUGAUGCAUUUUUAAACUACGUGUAUUGGACGAUCUAAGCAACCCCACAUUUAAACGAAUUGUGACUUUUCCUCUUCAAUUACCAAGCAGUAUCAUUUUGUUGGGCUCAAAAAGUAAGAAAGAGGAAAAUCUAGAGCGCUAUGUUGAGUUUAUGACAGAAGUUAUGUACUUGAUCAGUUCAUCCGACAAUCGAACGUAUAUCAAGCAGGAAAUGAGAAAAGUUUGUGAGCUUGAAGUAGCUAUUGGAAAGAGUCAAUAUCCUCCAAACUUGAAAGGGAUAACCAUUAAAAAUCUAUCAAACAAAACCAAGUUUGAUUGGCUCAAAUUCUUUCAUAGUUUAUCGAAAGAUGGCGGUUACAUCUUGACACGCGACGAAUUAUUAAUUACAUCUGCCAAAAUGCUGCACAGCAUUCUCGGUGUUUUGAACAAAAUUGAAGCUAGCACUAUUGCAAAUUAUCUCUCCUGGAGAAUCGUUUAUGAAUUAAUUAAUAUCCUCCCAUCAAAGUUUGUAAGACUUUUUGAAGAAUAUAAAAGUGUGAAAAUUCACAGAUGGGACAUGUGUGUUCAACAUACCAGCUAUGCUUUUCCUUUGGAGACUGCAUUACUUUAUGGACAGCGUGUACUACCUAAAGGCACCCAGGACGAGGCAACAAACCUAUUGCAAGAUGUAAUGGAUGUUUUUCUGGGUUUAAUACCAAAGCAAUCGUGGAUGGACCAAAGAACACGUGAUAAGGCUCUUCUUAAGGCAAAAUCUAUGUUAUACGACAUUGGAUAUCCCGAAAAUCUAACAAUGAUCCUUUCAAAAGAAGGCUUGAGAGAUUUUGCCAUUGAUGUCAAUUACGUAAAAACCUACAGAAAUAUGAUAAGAUUUGUGGUGUUGAAGGAGAUCAAGUCUUUGAAAACGGUCAAGAACCGCAACACAUUCAUGAAAAGGGAACCGUUGAAGCCCAACGCUUAUUACUACCGAACCUACAAUAAAAUUGAAAUGGCAAUCAGUCUCCUCGAAAACACCUUUUUUUCCAUCAAAAAUUACAAGGCAGCAAAUUUUGCAACUUUAGGAAUGAUUUUUGCCCACGAAAUAAAUCACGGAUUUGACAUUCAAGGCAGUAGAUAUGAUGAAGUUGGCAAUGUUGGAAAGUUGUUGUCGAAAGACUCGUCCAAUUACAUCUAUCAAAAACAUUUAUGUCUCAAAGAUUUGUACAACAAUUUCACUCAUAAUAGCGAAAAGAUUCGUAGCGUCAUCAAUCAUCGAGAACAAUUCUGUGAUGCCGCCGGGGUAGAAAUUGCAUUUCAGGCUUAUCAACGAUGGAAAAAGCAAAAUACAGAAGAAGAAAUGUUGCCUGGAAUUAAACUAACUCACGAUCAACUUUUCUUUGUUUCUUACGCUCAAAUGUGGUGUGCAAAAUACAAAGAUUCUGAGUUGAAAAGAAUGUUAACAAAAGGCUCGUACCCUUUCCCUCUCAGAGUCCAGGGGACCAUGAUGAACUCGAAGGGAUUUGCUGAUGCGUUUUCGUGCGUCCCCGAUGCUCCUAUGAUACCUCAUAAAAGGUGCGAGGUUUGGGAAACGUAAUUAAGACAUCUUUAGGCAUUGAAUAAGAUAUAUGAUAAGGUUAGUCUUUAUUUAUUUUGUUAUCAGAUGAUCUAGAUGUAUUGGACAAUUACAUGUCUGGCGUAAAAAAAGA